GAUGCCACGCUGGCGUAGACCCAGAAGCAGACAUUUUGUUUUGGUAAGUGACAAGUCGUGCUUCGCUUGCUCGACAGUAGGAGAAUAAUCACAAAAGAGCCCCGACGAUGUGGAAAAUUCACGCAGUGUGUGGACUUCGCCGUGAAUAAUUCGUGUGCGAGAUAGGAAGAUAAGAAGAACCUGCGAAAAAAUUGUCACUCCCAAAGUGAGCACUUCCUACCGUCGUUCUUGGAAAAAAUCAAGACAUUACGAUACGGAAUUCAGAUCAAAUACCGAUAUUAUAAUAGGUACAUUUAAAUGUCAGUGAAAAGUUUUCGUCAAUUUUAAAUCGUCGUGGGAAUUUAGCCUGUAUUGGCGAAAAGACUGCUUCCUCGAGAAUCUUCUUAGAGCCGGCAUUCAAGUCAACGCUAGUUUGGGAAUUUAUGGACAGAAUUUGUCUUCAGUUGAAUCCGCUCGACACACGCUACUAAACGCAAUCACCUGUCAAAAAAACAUUUCGUUAGUGGAAGUGAAAAGGAAUCUUAUCGAAUGUCAUCUACACGUGCAUAUUUGGUGUUCUGAAUGAAAAAAGAUAACCCACUUUCUUUAAAAGCCAACUAAAGGGGAAAGAACAAAACACAGGGAAAAUAUUCCCUUAGAUCUACAUUCACCGAAAUAAUAUUUCCAAUUGAAAUAUAAUAUUUAAUUUAGGAGUAAUUAAGCAAGCUGUAGCCUGCCUGGUGCCAUUAUUGACACAUUUCAAGCUGGAUAUACCACUGGCAUGGCAGAGGAAGUAGCUGUUAAUAGUAGUCCCAGCAGUCCAAGUAGCCAGAAAUCAAAUGGUGAGCAGGAGUUUAUAAUGCUAGCCACACCAGAUAUUGAUACAGCCUCAGAUACAACAUCUGGCAAAAGCAAGUCUCAGGCAAGCAGCAUUGGGAGUUUUGCCGAGGUGAACAUCCCAGAUACAGAAGCUACUCUGGAUAAGGAUUAUACAGAUGAAGAAGUGACACAACUUGUAGAGGACGCCAGGAAGGAAAUUCCUGGGAAAGAAAAUGGUAGAGUUGAAGAUGAGACAAAUAGGUAUUCAUUAGAUAGUGGAAUAGGCCAACUUAGUGACAGCAAGCUAACUGAGAAUGAGGAGGAAAGUGAAAUGAAAGAGGAUGGCAAUAAAGUAAAGGAUGUUAUAGAUAACCGGGAGAGGGCAUCUUCAGCAAUCACAACAUCUACAACAAAUGACACCACUAUUGAUGAUGAGACACUGCGCAACAGGGCGUCAACAGAUGUUGGUAGUGGGGAGGAGGAUGAAAUUGAUGAAGAUGCAGCUAGAUUCUCAGGAAUUAUGUACCUAGGGUCGUCAACUGUUAAUGCCCCUGUGAGUGAGAUUGAGCUUAAGCGCACCAUGGUGAUACUGCGGGAGCAAUCCCAAGUGACAAUAGAUGUAGACCUUGUUGUUGGAUCUACUUCUAAGGGAAAGCUAAGACUAGUAGACCCUGAGACCAAUUCUGACAUUGCAACAUACAGGGUGCAGAGGAUUAUAUUUUGUGGGCGUGGUGAUGUUGAUGGUCAAGAGAGAGACUGUUUUGCUUUCAACACUGUACAUGGGGAUACAGACAUAUUCCAUUGUCAUGUAUUCAAGUGCAAAGAGCCAGAAAUGGCUGGAAAAAUAUUAAAAAGCUUUUCAGUGGCAUUUAAAAAGCAUAGAAAGCCUUUGGGUCAGCAGCAUGGACAACAGAUAAAGUCCCCUGUUAACCUCCACAACAGCCUCACACCCUUGAAUAACCUCCUGUUCAAAUUUGACGUCACAUUGGACAUCCUUGAGGAUGAUGGCAAGGGCUUCGUAUCUGUGUCAAGGGAUAAAGCAUGCUUCAAACUGAGACAGAAUUUGCAAAAGAAAGUAUUGGUGACUGUGCAGCAGCUGUCAAACAGACACAUAAUUGUGGAAAGGUGUUUUGGGCUGUUGAUCUGUCCAGGGCGGAACAUCAGGCACUCAGACAUGCACCUUCUCUCAGGAGUUUCCAUGGAAAUACAGGAUAACGGCAGGCUGUAUAGUAUCAGUGGUCUGUGGAACCCAGCAUCGCAGGAUCUACUUGUUUUGAACACAGAAUCGCCUAAAGACACGAGGGUCUUUAUGACAAUAGCUGUUGACUUGGUAUUUACUGGCGUUACUGUGCCUGUUAGGUUUAUCUAUGAAACCAAAGCCAGAAUCUACCCUACAAAUGAGCGUCUGUGGAUCUUAACCAGGCCAAAGAUACAUGAUACCUAUGUAAUGGAAUUGAAAGAGGCAUUAGAUGGGGAGUCAGGGGAGAGGGGUUAUGAAGUAAAGAGCAUUACUAGUGAGGCAGAGCUUGUCGCACGAGGGCAGCUACUAAAGAGGCAGUCCUCACCACAACAGACACCUGCAGGGGAUAAGAAUUCAGAAGAUGAUGAAGAAGACGACGAGCCAUUGCUUUCUGGCACAGGAAUGGUACAAAAAGAAUGUUCCGAGCAGGAAUUGUGUAGUUGGUCUGAGCUACUGAGCAAAUGGAAAGACGUGUCGACUAGACCAAGGCAACUUGUCCAGUUAGUCAGAAAGGGCAUACCGGAGCCUCUACGGGGCCAGGUAUGGCAGAUGAUGGCUGGCCUCUCUGAGAAUGAUGAGUUGGUUGACAGCUAUAAACACCUGUUCACCAAGGAAUCCCCUACGGAGCAAGUGAUAGUUUGGGACAUUCAUCGUACAUUCCCCGCUCAUGACUACUUCAAGGACAGUGGGGGGGAGGGACAGGAGGCACUGUAUAAGAUCAGCAAGGCAUAUUCUGUGUAUGAUGAAGAAGUUGGCUACUGCCAGGGCUUGUCAUUCUUUAUAGCUGUGCUUCUCUUACACAUGCCGGAGGAGCAGGCCUUUGCAGUGUUGGUGAAGAUCAUGUCAGCUUAUGGUCUGAGGGAAGUGUUCAGGAAUGACUUUCAGCUGCUGCACCUUAAGUUCUACCAGCUGGAGCGUAUGAUAGAGGACUCGAUGCCAGAUCUGUUCAGUCACUUUCAGCACAAUAAUGUGGAGGCCCACAUGUACGCCUCCCAGUGGUUCCUCACCAUGUUCACCGCCAGGUUCCCUUUACCCAUGGUGUACUCCAUCAUGGACCUCAUCCUAUGUGAGGGCACACACGUUAUCUUUCAAGUAGCUCUAGCGUUGCUCAAGGAUGCGCGUAAAGAUCUUUUGCAGAUGGACUUCGAGGGCAUCCUGAAGUUCUUCCGGGUUUCGAUGCCAAAGAAGUACAUGGAGGAGGAACGCUACAAGCAGCUGCUGGGCUGUGCAAUCGGAAUAAAGGUGACCCCCAAGAAGCUUCGUAAGUACGAGAAGGAGUACGAGGCCAUCAAGGAGAAGGAGGCCCAACUAGAGGACCCUGUGGAGAGAUUUAAGAGGGAAAACAAGCGCUUGGUGGAAGCUAACAUGCGACUUGAGCUUGAAAACGACUACCUUGCACACGAGCUGGUCACGUGCAAGGUCACGCUGCACAGCAAACUCGCUGAGGCGGAGGAGCUGAUCGAGGAGCUAACGGCCAAGCUGCGGGUGAACAGCAAGGCUCUUACUGAGACGGAAGACGAACGAGAGCGCUUCAAGACUGAGGGCGCUCAGCUGAAGGAGAUGUGGCGUAAGAGCAUGCAAGAAGCUGAGGACGAAAAGACGCGUCACACGGCCAUCAUUGACGAGUACAAAAAGAUCUGCUCGCAGCUUGAUGAACGAAGUGAGAAGCUAAAGACGGACUUGCAGCAAGAGCUCGUUGAGAUAAAGCGUCGCAUUGGGCAGUGCGAGACAUGUGGCCCUUUGUUCUCGGACGAAGGUCAGUCUUCCUUGAACGAUGACAACGCCGACAGCUUCAAGGCAAGUAUCAAGGUAGUGGAUUCAGAGAAGCGCAUGCGUGAACUCGAGUUAGAGCUGGCCAAGACGAAGCUGUCACUCGUCGAGGCGGAGUGUCACAGUCAGGACAUAGAGCACAAAUACUCCGCGCUGAUGGCUGCCGUGGAGGCUGAGGGGAACAAGCCGUGGUUCAAGCGGAUUAGCUUUAGUGGGCCUAAAGAGGCCAAGUAAACCAUGGCGCUUGUGGGGAAGGAGAAGGGGGGAGGAGGGGGGUAGAUAUUGUCGGUCCGAGUAGGGGGUUAGAGUAGAUUUAGCUUUAGUGGGCCUAAAGAGGCAGAGUGACCCAUGGCGCUCGAGGGGAAGUAGGGGGAGGAGAUAUUGGCGAUGGUGGGAGUAGAGAUUAAGGGUACAGUAGAUUUAGCUUUAGUGGGCCUAAAGAGGCAGAGUGACCCAUGGCGGAGAAGGGGGUGAUGGUGGUGAUGGUGACCCAUGGCGGAGAAGGGGGUGAUGGUGGCGAGGGUAAGGGGCACGGUUAGGCGUCACCGGACCUAAAAAGACAAAGUGAUGUGGUCGUAGUAACAGAACCCUUAGCAGAUCUAAAGAAAAGUUGUUCAUUUGUCGGUCGAGACAAGAAGGGGAGAAUAUAAACGAGAUUGGGAGGGGUAUAUAAAGGUAUAUAAAUUAAAAUAUAAACAAAUAUAUAAACAAAGUAAUAGUGUGAAAAUAAUAAGAAAAUUACCAUAUGCUUUGAAAGGGGAUAUAGUAGUAGAACCAAUUAUUUACUAGAUCUCGGUAAAAUAUAUAUUAUCGCUUGCAAUACCAGUAAAUACACUUAAAUAAAUUAAUCAGCAUUCGGUGGUUCCAGGCAUCGGAGUUGAGGUUGUUAUUGUUGGGGGAGGGGAGUGGAGUAGGAUAAAUAAAUUGCGUGAGGAAACCUUAAACUUAUUACAAUAAGCCACUGGCACAUUAUAGCCUAAACAAAUAACCAUAAAAUCUAAAUGGUAAUCAUAUAUGAGGUAUUUGCUGGGAUAAACUUAAGCGAUAUUCUGAUGUGUAAAGGGCUUAGUGAUAACAGUUGAAUAUGGAAACACUACUGACCUUUCUGGCGUGAAAAGUUGUCUUGAAUUAUUUUCUGGAGAGAACAAUUUCGCCGGGAACUAUAGAGCCAAUUACUUAACACACCUCAGGGGACUCUUGGAGCCAAUUACUUAACACACCUCAGGGGGGACUCUUGGAGCAAAUUUGGAAUGCCUGGGAGUUAUUGAGGGGUACAAAUUUUCGUACAACUAUUGUCUCAACAAGAACAUCGGUGUAACUCGGAGAUGUCUCGGGGACCAUACGGGAGUGUCUCGGACCAACUCGAAAGUGUCUCGAAUUGUUCGGAAGUUUCUUGAUAAGACGCGGAAGUGUUUGAUACCACUCGGAGCUAUUUGGUAUUGCCUCGAUACAACUCGAGAGGGUCUCGGGACCACUUGGGAUUGUCUUGUAAUGUUUUGAGUUCCUCAGGAUAACUAGGAAGUACCCUGGAUAAACCGAGCAUAAAAUAAGACGUUCAAGCGGCCCAGGUGUCAGUACAGUAAACUUUUGUUUUGCUACUUGGAAAAGCUUGCCCGUCUAUCGCUCUAUCUAUCCCUUUUUAUUAUAAAGAAGGGCCACAUUGUUUGCUUUGCCUUCUGGGUAAUUGUAUGAAUGUGGUUAUAUUUCACUGAAAGUCAACAUUUCCCAGAAGACACUACAACAUUUAAGGUGCUGUAUACAUAAUGACGGUAAAAAAUAUGUUUGAUUAAGAUAGUUAAAAGGUUUGUAAAAGGGUUUACUAUGGUCAUUCGUGUUUAUUUUAUUUUAUUUUGUAUAUAAUUUUGCUUAUAUUCAAAUUCGUUCAAAUUUACGCAUGUGUUUUGACAUCUGUUAGGCUCUCGGCCGACUUCGGCCAUAUUGCGCCUUUACGAGGAUAGCCCAGGAGAGAUAUGUCAUGAGAGAACUUGGGCGAUAUAUUGCGCCUUUACGAGGAUAGCCCAGGAGAGAGAUGUCAUGAGAGAACUUGGGCGAUCAACGGAUAAAUAGUUAACUAUUAUUAUCAAUUUAGUGAUUUGAUGUUGUGACAAAUGCUCGCGAGCUCAGCUUUUUUUAUUCCAGAGAAAAUCGCCUCUUGUGCAAAAAAAAAGGUUUAAUAACUAAGAAGCUCCUGUCGACAUUAUUUUACUAUUUACCCAGGAGCCCGUUUCUAUGCACCCCCCAAAUCCUAAUAUGCCAUAUCGAACCUGGGCUACCUGUGGACUGCGCUAUACGUCUCUGCCACUGAAACGGUAAAUGUGUAUCGUUAAAAGCGCUCUUUUUCAGGUAGAGAAUAUCGUAUCAUUCACGAUAGCAAAGUCAAUGUACGAACUAGGUUGGAUUGAAAGGAAUGUGGAAAAAUAAAAAAAUGUAUUAGAAUGCCGAAA